UCAGGUUGAGUCUCGGGAACCUUUUAAUACCCAUCCCGCCCCGUUUGAAGCGUCAGAGCACCAGCUCUCCAGGGGCACUCCAACACAGAGCCAGUCCACACGCUCCUUCAAACUUUACGCACGGAUGUACUCCUGUGGAAGUAUUUUACUCUGGAUUUGCAAGUGUUUCAGCUGAGCCGUAUUGUUCCACAUAUCGUUUCUACCGAUUGGAAGCAGUCCCAGACUUAGAAUAGCUUUGAAGUCUAAACUUUUAAAAAGUUUACAAAACUUUUUUUUUUUUUUUUUAUGUGAUUCGCCUUAUUCCGGCAGACAGAUGCAGUAAAUCUAUAACCAAAAUGACCGGUGUCUUAUUAAAGUGCCUAGUCUUGGCGCUGUGUAUCGGCGCGCACAGGCUCUUGGCAGUCCCCCGGGCUGAGGAGGAUGAUGGAUCCGGUGACAGCGCCUCGACCCUGGCCUUUGUGUUCGAUGUUACCGGCUCCAUGUACGACGAUCUAAAACAGGUGAUAGACGGCGCCUCGCGGAUCCUGGAGAAGACCCUCAACCGGAGGACCAGACCCAUCAAAAACUUUGUCCUGGUCCCCUUCCAUGACCCAGAUAUCGGCCCUGUGUCCAUCACCACCGACCCAAAGAAGUUCCAGCAGGAUCUGCAAGAGCUGUUUGUCCAGGGUGGGGGUGACUGCCCCGAGAUGAGCAUAGGAGCCAUAAAGAAAGCCUUGGAGGUUUCCCUGCCUGGAUCCUUCAUCUACGUGUUCACUGACGCCAGAGCCAAAGACUACCGCCUAAAGAGAGAUGUUCUGCAGCUGGUGCAGCUCCGGCAAUCGCAGGUGGUAUUUGUGCUGACUGGAGACUGUGGAGACCGCUCUCAGCCUGGCUACAGGGCCUAUGAGGAGAUCGCUGCCACCUCCUCUGGACAAAUCUUUCACCUGGACAAGCAGCAGGUCAACGAGGUUUUAAAGUGGGUAGAAGAGACGGUUCAAGCCAUGAAAGUCCACCUGCUGUCCUCCAACCAUGACAGUGCCCAGGAGAACAAGUGGGAAGUGCCCUUCGACCCCAGCCUUCGAGAGGUCACCGUGUCACUCAGUGGACCAGCUCCACAAAUCGAGCUCAGAGAUCCUUUCGGUCGUGUAGUUGGUGAGGAGCAGGGCCUGAAAGAGCUGUUAAACAUCCCCAACUCUGCUCGUGUCGUCAACCUGAAGUUUCCCAGACCUGGGGCUUGGAAACUGAAGGUGAGCUGCAGUGGUCGCCAUACUCUGAGGGUCACAGGAGUCAGCAAUCUAGACUUCCGGGCCGGCUUUUCCAGUAUACCCGUUUCAGAGUUCAACCACACCAGAGGGAGGCCAAUAAAGGGACUUCCAGCCCAUGUUUUGCUGAAAUGUACAGGCCUGAAGCCUCCUGGUCUGCUAAGCCAUGUGGAGCUCAUGUCAGGCUCAAGCCGCUCCCUACGCACGAUCCCCGUGCCUUUGCCCUCUGACCUCGGCCAACAAGGACUGUGGAGUCUCCCGGAGUUCCGCACCCCCUCACAGAGCUUCUUCAUCAAGGUGACGGGCAAAGACGAGGAGGGCUACCGCUUCCAGAGGCUGUCCAGUGUCUCCUACACCAAUGUCGUUCCAGAUCCCCCAGCUGUAAGCAUGCCUGAUGUGGUGAAGGGCUUCUACAUGCAGCCCGCUGUGAUUGGCUGCUCGGUGGAGAGUGACAUUCCCUACAGGCUAAUAUUCACCAGAAGUGGGAUUACACUGGGAGAGGAGAAGUUCUUUCAGGGUUCUGCCGUGGCAUCAUGGGAGAUUGCCCAUGCGUCAGCUGAGGAUGAAGGCCUGUAUGAGUGCAUAGUGCAGAGCAGUGCAGGACAGGGACGUGCCUUAACACAGUUGACUGUUAGAGAGCCUCCUCCGGUCUUGAAGCCCGCAGUGAAUGCGACUUCCUCUGUGGGAGGUGUGGCUGUGCUCUCCUGCCAGGUGGAAGGCUCCAUGCGCCACAACUUGACCUGGUACAGAGCAGGUCGUACCAUCCGGGCCCGUGCGGGGAGGGUGAUGUUGCUGUCCGACGCGUCCCUGCAGAUCAGCGAGGUGCGGACUCAGGAUGCUGGGGAGUACCACUGUGUGGCCACCAAUGCCCACGGAGACAGUAGAAUCACCGCAUGGCUUCUCGUCCCAGAGGCUCCUUCUGUGGUAGUUCACCCUCAGGGCCAGGCUUUCUCCCGAGGGGACGAGAUCCGCCUCGUCUGCUCGGCGUCUGGCUCCCCUCCUCCCCAGCUCUUCUGGAGCCACGGAAACAUGUUCCUUACUAAUCGGCCGAGGUUGAGUCAAGACCAACAUGGAGUUCUGACCAUCAGAGGGGCCCUCCCAGAGGACGCUGGGGACUACACGUGUUUGGCAACCAAUGAGGCUGGCACUGCCUCUCAGUCUGUGUCACUUACUUUUGCAGAGAUGCCUAGAAUAUCAGUGGCACAGCAUGUCGUACUCGUGUCUGUUGGUGGUGAUGUGACCCUGGAGUGCCAAGCCACAGGCAUUCCUCCUCCUCUUGUCCACUGGUUUAAAGGUGAGCUUGAGGUGGGCUCCGCUCCUUUCGUUGAGCAGGAUGAACACCACGGGACCCUGCACAUUAAAGGGGUGCAGGAGGUCGACGCUGGUCAGUACAGCUGUGUGGCCAGCAGCUCUGCUGGAACCUCCGCUGGCACCGUCAGUCUGGAGGUUGGAGCGGGCCCAUUGUUCUCGGAGGCACCGGUUGACGUUACAGCUAACGUAGGGGAGAAUAUCACCCUCCCCUGCACUGCCCGAGGUUUCCCGCAACCGAUGGUGACCUGGCGCAGACAGGACGGCAGACAGAUUCUUACAAGGACAGACAGCCACAGUAGAACAAUGCAGCUGGAGAGCGGACAUCUUCUAAUCCAGAGUGUCUGGCUAGAUGAUGAAGGGCUGUACAUCUGCGAGGCCAAGAACCAGUUUGGAACCAUUAAAACAGAGGCCAGAGUUGGUAUCACUGGACUGGAGCCCCCUCUCCUGGCCCAAGGUGCCCCAAUCAUCACCACUGGCAUCGGUCAGUCCCUCAGUGUUCCUUGCAUGCUGUUGGAUGGAAUACCUCUUCCAGAAAGACACUGGUCCCAAAAUGGAAAACCUGUUCAGCUGAAUGGAAGGAUGUUCUUGAGGAGUGAUGGCAGUUUGUACAUUGAAAGAGCAGUCCCACGGGAUGCUGGGACAUAUGUCUGCACUGCUGUGAAUGUAGCAGGCUCCAUGAACAUCACAGUCAGCCUGGAGGUUCACGUGCCUCCUGAGAUCAACGCUGGUCCAUACCACUACAUAGCCAAUGAGGGCGUAGCCAUCACACUAUCAUGCGAAGCCAGCGGAGUUCCCAAGCCAAAAGUUGUGUGGUCCAAGGGGAGGCAGCCUCUGCCCAGGGACCACUCCUCUCUUUUGUCCGACCCUGAUGGAUACCUCCUCAUCCCCCACCCUACCAAUGAGGAUGCAGGCAUUUACAUCUGCACCGCCACCAGUCCUGUGGGCUACGCGAGCCGAGAGAUCCAGCUCAGUGUCAACACCAUGCCUAAAAUAGUGGGCGUGAGUGGCCAUGACAACACAGUGAAGAUGGCUGCAGAGGUGGGCACAGAGGUUGUUCUCCCAUGUGAAGUCCAAGGCAGUCCCUCUCCACUUGUCACAUGGAGCAGAAAUGGACAUCCAAUCCCCCCCGUCACAGCUGGGUUCACUGUCCUGUCUUCAGGCUCUCUGAGGAUCACUGAUGUGCGCCUGAUUGAUAGUAAACUGUACACCUGCACUGCGGGAAACCCAGCAGGCAACGUGUCCCUCAGCUACAAUUUACACAUUCAAGCUAAGCCUAGAAUUCAGCCAGCACCUUCCCUCCUGAAGGCCCUGAUUGGCCAAAGAGUGACUCUGCCAUGUGUGGUCCAAGGACAGCCAAGCCCUGAGGUCAGUUGGUUUCACAAUGGACGUCCUGUUGGGGUCAAGAACACUACGCCCCUCAGGAUCCAGCAGGUCAGCCUGACUGACCAGGGCACUUACCAGUGCGUGGCCAGGAACAGCGCUGGACAGGAGACCUUGGAGAUCAAGCUGGAAAUUCUUGAGGCCCCAUCCUUUGCAGAACCCGGAGAUGCCAUAAUGGAGAAAGUAGCGAACAGCAAGGUCAUCAUCCCUUGCCCUGCUAAAGGUACACCUCAUCCCAAGCUGCGCUGGUUCAAGAAUGGCCUGGAGAUACAGCCUGAACAAUCAGAGCUUUCUGUGGCGAGGGAUGGAGCUCUCGUAAUUAGAACAGCGUCUGCCAGCCACAGCGGGGACUUCAAGUGUGUGGCGACCAAUGAGGCAGGCUCUGUGGAGAGAAAGACUAGGCUGAAAGUAAAUGUUCCCCCACAGAUCCAAGAUGACGGGCAGCCACUGAACCUCACUGUCACCUUGAAGCAGCCUCUCACUCUGGGCUGCGAUGCCUUUGGGAUCCCCUCCCCUACUAUCACCUGGACUAAAGAUGGUCAUCCAGUGGACAGUCCUGGGGUGUAUCUGCAGAAUGGGAACAGGCUGCUGAGAAUCUACAGAGUUCAGCCAGAACAUGCAGGCAGAUUUGCCUGCACAGCUCAAAACUCAGCUGGAGAGGCCCGGAGAGAAUAUCACAUUGUUGUGCAAGCUCCGCCAGUGAUCUCAGGAGCAUCCCGACUGCAGGACUUAACUGUGGUACUGGGCCAGGAGGUGGAGUUUCAGUGUCGGGUAAGCGGUCGACCAGCACCCAGAGUGGAAUGGAGCCGCGACGGAGAGGUACUGUCUCGUGACGGAGACCCCCAUGUUGAGUUUCUGGAAGAUGGCCAGGUGUUGAAGGUGAAGUCAGUAAGACUGAGGGACCAGGGGCUCUACCAGUGUCUGGCCAGUAACAACGCAGGAACUCAGAUGCGCCAGUUCAGACUCACAGUGCAAGCUCCCCCCACCAUCAAGGGCCCCAGUGAGACCUCAGAGGUUUCGGUGGUCCUGGGUUUCCCCACAGUCCUCCCCUGUGAUGUUGAGGGCUCACCCACACCCAGCAUCACCUGGUUGAAGGACAACCAGCCCAUCGUGUCCAGUCCCCAGUCGACAUACACCCGUGGCGGACAGGCGCUGCGACUGGGCUCAGCACAGGGAGACAGCGCUGGCCUCUAUACCUGCAGGGCCACGAAUCCGGCCGGCACCGCCAUCAAACAUUAUUCUCUGAGUGUUCUGGUCCCACCACAGAUAGAAAGCGACUCUACAUCCUUAAAGUUUGGUGGUCAGGGAGAGAAAGUACGGAUCAAUGGGAGUUUAACUCUUUCCUGCCUGACUAAAGGUUUUCCAGAGCCCACGGUUAACUGGUUCAAAGACGGACAGUUGCUGACUGGAAACCUCCAUGCCGGUCUUCAAGAGAGUGGCUUCAUCCUCCACAUAGAGAACGCCAUGCUGUCUCAUGAGGGGCAGUACACCUGUGUGGUCACCAACUCAGCAGGAGAGGACAAGAGAGACUUUCAUGUCACCAUUCAGGUUCCUCCGAUCUUUCACCGGGUGACUAACAGAGAAGCAGCCUGGGGUCUCGGACACGAGGAUGACGAUAAUGAGGACAUGGUGGAGAAGCGGGAGGUGGUCCUGGGCCAUCCAAUCAGCCUGUCCUGUGAGAGUAAUGCCAUCCCCCCUCCCAAGCUCAGCUGGUACAAGGAUGGACGAAAACUCACCUCUGCCGAUGGAGUGGUACUGCUUCCAGGUGGACAGGUGCUACAAAUCACCCGAGUGCAGAAAGAAGAUGCUGGAAAGUUUACAUGUCAGGCUGUUAAUGAGGCCGGAGAGGAUCGCAUGCACUUUGAACUGGAAAUCUUAGUCCCUCCUGUGAUCAUGGGGGCAUUAGAGGAGUUCAUGGAGGAAGUGGGAGCAGUGGUCAACAGCUCUGUGGUCCUUCAUUGUGAUGUGACUGGACAACCGACUCCAGUUAUCUCCUGGCUGAGAGGCAGGCAGCCGGUGCACACAGACUCACAGCACCAAAUCAGUGAGGAUGGGACUCGGCUCCAGCUCCUAAGUGUCCAGGUUUCAGACAUGGCUGGCUAUUUGUGUGUAGCUGAGAACAAAGUUGGAACAGUUGAGAAGCUCUUCAGUCUGACAGUCCAAGUGCCUCCUAGAAUAAUUGGCGUUAAGGAGGAGGACGUUAGUGUGAUUGAGGGCCACAUGGUGUCAAUGCUUUGUGACGUCCAAGCGUACCCUCCUCCAGAGAUCACCUGGACCAGAGAUGGGCAGGUCCUCCACUUCAACACCGGUAUCCACAUUCUGCCAGGCGGCCAGAUGCUUCAGUUGCCCCGGGCAAGACUGGAAGAUGCUGGGCAAUAUGUAUGCACAGCCACCAACUCAGCAGGCCAGGACCAGAAGAGCAUUCUCCUCAGUGUUUACAUCCUGCCCACCCUGAAGCCCCGUCUAGAUGUCGAGUCAGACUUGAUCACCCCGCAAGUUGGCUCCUCGGUCACCUUGCGAUGUGAAGCACAUGGUGUUCCUGAGCCUGAGGUCACAUGGUACAAGAAUGGGCUGCAACUGGCCGCAGGGAACGGGCUGAAGAUGGAUCCUCACCAGCUGGAGAUCAUAGGAGUUCAGAUGGCAGAUGGUGGCACCUACACAUGCAAAGUAUCCAAUGUGGCUGGACAGGUGGACAGGGCAUUCAGACUGACCAUUCAUGUUCCACCUGUCCUGGACGGGCCUCUGCUGGAGUCCCUAAACUACACCCUUGGCUCCCAUGUGGCCUUGCUGUGUGAGGCCUCAGGGGUCCCUGUGCCCAGCAUCACCUGGCUCAAGGAUGGAACUCCUAUUGAGAGCAGUCUGCAGUGGCAGUGGUCCGUUCGAGGGAAUAGGCUGGAGCUGGGGCCCCUCACUCUGUCUCAUGCUGGAACAUACACCUGUGUGGCCAAGAACAGAGAGGGACACACACAGAAAGACUACACACUCACAGUGCAGGUAUCGCCUACCAUCUUGGACUCUGAACGCCCAUCUGAUGUGAGUGCACCCAUGGGCGAGGAGCUGACCCUGGAGUGCAGAGUAACUGGAAUCCCCACACCACGUCUUAGCUGGCUGAAAGACGGAGUGACUUUAGACGGAUCAGACGCCCGUCACAUCACUGUGACCUCGGAUGGCAGCACUCUAACAUUACUGAGGUUGACUCCCGAGGAUUCUGGGACAUACACCUGUUUGGCUGUCAGCCCGGCUGGACAGGAGAGCAAAAUCUACACCCUCUUCGUACUAGUCCCACCAUCCAUCUCUGGUGAGACCACUGUCCCCAGAGAGCUGCAGGUCACACAGGACAGUGUUGUGACUCUGGAGUGUCAGACAGCAGGAAACCCUCCCCCUCAGAUCAGCUGGCUGAAGAACGGACGUCCUCUGCUUCUCUCUCCUCGUACACGCCUCCUAUCUGCUGACUCUGUGCUGAGGAUUUCCCUUGUCCAGCUGUCUGACUCUGGACUUUACACAUGCGUGGCACGCAGUCGAGCUGGUCUUGCCGAGCUCAGUUAUGAUCUCCAGGUCCAAGUGCCCCCUGGUGUGGAUCAGGUUGAACCAGUGGAGCCAGUUACAGUAGUCCAGGGGUCCUUGGUGACGUUAACCUGCGAAGCGCGCGGCGUUCCCCCUCCGACACUGAAUUGGUUGAAGGACGGCCAGCCACUUUCUCUUCACCGCAACUUGCUGCUGGAUGGACAGGAGACACGGCUGCAGCUGCCUGAUGUAGCGCCUUCAGAUGCGGGCCUCUACAGCUGCGUGGCUAGUAACCAGGCUGGAAGCAGCACAAAGAGCUUUAACCUCACUGUGCUCGAGCCUCCAAAGAUAUCCAGCUCCAGUUCUCCAGAAGAGCUGACCAUCGCAGUAAAUAGUCCACUGGAGCUGGAGUGCUCGGCUGUGGGAGCCCCACCUCCCACCCUCAGCUGGCUCAAAGAUGGCCGCCCUUUGGAAGGAACUGACAUUGUUCAGCAGGAUGGACACUUUGUCAGGAUACUCAAAGUUCAGGUUGAGGAUGCAGGUCUGUACACUUGCUUGGCCAGCAGCCUAGCUGGAGAGGAUGGAAAAAACCACUGGGUCCGAGUCCAAGUCCCACCCACCCUCCUUGGCUCUGGUGAUGUGAGGACAUUGACAGUGCCAGUUAAUGGACAUCUGACCUUGGAGUGCCUGGCUGACAAUGACCCCCCUCCCGAUAUCGAGUGGUACAAAGAUGAGGCCAAGCUGCAGCUUGGUAGUCGUAUCCAGCGACUGGCAGGGGGUCAGUACCUGGAGAUACAGGAAGUCAGGCCUGAGGACAGUGGCCAAUACAGCUGUGUGGUCACCAACAUAGCUGGAAGCACCAGUCUGUUUUUCACUGUGGAGAUUCUCUUGCCACCAAUUAUAAAGGAGAGCAGCUCAGUGGUGACUGUACAUGUUGGCCAGGAUGCGGUUUUACCUUGCGAAGUUGAAGAUGACACUUCAACUGUGAUCAUGUGGAGGAAAGAUGGCUUCCCCGUAACUCAAGAUAACGAUAAGUACACAAUGUUGUCAGAGGGCUCCCUGCGUGUGCAUGCGGUUCAGUUGAGUGAUGCUGGUCGCUACUACUGCACUGUGUCCAACCAGGCUGGCUCAGACCACCGCGGAGUGGAUCUACGGGUGUUUGUGGGUCCUUCAAUCAGUCCGGGUCCAUUCAAUGUGACAGUAACCACAGGGAUUAGAGCUGUGCUGAGCUGUGAGACGACAGGUAUACCUCCGCCUGAAGUAACCUGGAAGAGGAACGGCACUCCCCUCGAUAUCAGCCAGCAGCCAGCUGCAUACAGGUUACUGUCCUCUGGGUCCCUGGUUCUUUUGACACCGUCCGAUGAGGAUGAAGGUUACUUUGAGUGCACCGCUGUCAAUGAUGUUGGGGAGGAGCGCAGGGUCAUUGAGGUCAUCCUGCAAGUCCCACCAUCUAUUGAAGACGAUGUCACGACAGUCACGGCUGUUAAAAUGUCUCCUGUGGUGUUGCCUUGUCACGUACAAGGACGCCCUCAGCCCACUGUCACCUGGACCAAGGGCAGUGCCAAACUGGGUGCCAGAGGAGGAAGUUAUCGUGUCCUUCCCACUGGAGUGUUGGAGAUAACUGCUGCCGUGCCAAGCCAUGCUGGCAGGUACACAUGCUCAGCCCGCAACCCAGCUGGAGUGGCUCACAAACACAUCUCUCUCUCCGUGCAAGAACCCCCAGAGAUCAGGCCAAUGGCAGAGGAAGUACAAGCAGUGUUGCAUCAUAGGACCGUUCUGCCCUGUGACGUUCAAGGCUUCCCCAGACCUUCCAUCACCUGGCAAAGAGAGGGAGUUCCCAUAGCAACAGGUCACAGGCUCGCUGUGCUCUCAAAUGGAGCCCUGAAGUUUUCUCGUGUCACACUUGGUGAUGCGGGGACUUACCAGUGCCUGGCAAAGAGUGAAGCUGGAGUCGCUGUUGGCAGGACCACACUAGUCCUUCAAGUGCCCCCCGUGCUGAGUGUGCCUCGGGUCGAGUACACUGCAGUGCUAGGCCAGCCAGUCAGUCUGGAGUGUGUGGCUGAUGGACAGCCGCAACCUGAAGUUGCUUGGCUCAAGGAGAGAAGGCCUGUGAUUGACGGCACUCAUAUACAUAUCUUUGCCAAUGGAACCUUGGCAAUUACUUUUACCCAGCGCAGUGACGCAGGCCUGUACACAUGUACUGCCAAAAACAUCGCCGGCAGAGCCAGCCACGACAUGAGGCUGGCUAUUCAAGUCCCGCCCAUGAUUCCUCCUGCGCAAACAGACCUGUCAGUCAUUCAAGGAUUUCAGGCGCUGCUGUCUUGUGCUGCUCAGGGUUCACCAGAGCCCAGAGUGACAUGGGAGAAGGACGGUGCCAUUGUGCCCAACCUUCCAGGCAAAUUCACUGUCCUGCGAUCCGGAGAGCUAAUCAUUGAGAGGGCUGAGCCAGGGGAUGCUGGCGUGUUUACAUGUGUAGCCACGAAUGCAGCAGGCUCUGCGAGACGAGAGAUCCGCCUGUCCAUCAACAUGAGGCCUGCCUUCAAAGAGCUGCCAGGUGAUGCAACGCUGAACAAAGGGCAGAGGCUGGCCUUGUCCUGCCACGCUCAGGGAACACCGUCUCCUGUCAUCUCCUGGACUGUCAACAACAGUCCUUACACAGGUGCCACUGUAGAUGAGGCUGGCAGGAGCUCCGUGAUCGUUGAGAAUGUGACCAUGACUGACGCUGGGACCUACGUGUGCAUAGCAGAAAACAGCGUGGGCUCCAUCCGAGUGCUCUCGUUUGUUCAUAUCAGAGAGCCUCCGGUGUUGAAGGGUGAAGCUAUCAUGUCUCAGACGGUCAUCCAGGGUGGCUCUGCUGUGCUGGACUGUCCAGUCCACGGAGACCCCAGCCCAGUGCUCCGCUGGCUUCGGGGUGGAAAACCAUUACUCCGCUCCGUCCGAAUGCAAGCGCUUCGCAACGGAUCCUUGGUCAUUUACAGCAUCACUGCUGCAGAUGAAGGGGAGUACCAGUGUGUGGCUGAGAGUGAAGCUGGAACAGCUGAGAGGACCAUUACGCUCAAGGUUCAGAUCAAUGGAGGCUACUCGAACUGGGAGGAAUGGGGCCCAUGUAGUAGCACCUGUGGACAAGGCUUCCAAGAACGAAUCAGAUUAUGCAACAACCCAGAACCAACCAAUGGGGGCCGAUCAUGCAGCGGUCCCGGUAUCGACUCUAGGAAAUGUCAAAAUGGUCUCUGUCCAGGAGAGACUCCUCGCAGGACCAGAGGCAGCCUGAUAGGCAUGGUGAACGAGAGAGAGUUUGGUGUGUCCUUCCUGGAGGCCAACAUUACAGACAAUGUUGAAGAGGGGAGCAGCACUCUGCAGGCACACCUGAACAACAUCCCUCCCAGUGUGGGUCCCUUGCUGCGAGUGCUGGUGUCUGCGUUUGCUCCCAUGUACUGGACCACUGUUUUGCAGAGCGGAGCAGCCAGAAAUGGCUACUCUCUCACUGAGGGCCAGUUCAGGCAGGAGUCCCAGCUGGAGUUUGAGACUGGGGAGAUCCUUCGUUUGACCCAUGUUGCCAGAGGUCUGGAUUCUGAGGGAGUUUUAUUAAUUGAUAUCGUGAUUAACGGAUUUGUGCCUCCUUCAUUAUCAUCAUCUCAUCUGAGCCUACAAGAGUUUGAUGAGUCAUAUGUGCAGACGGGCCAAGGGCAGCUGUACUCGUGGUCAUCGCAGACCCACCAGAGAGGAGGAAACCCCAUGGUGCUGCGCUGCAAUCACACAAUUAUUUACGAGGGCCAGGAGGAGCGCCAGGGCCCUCUGCUCCAACUGCUCAAGGUCUCCGGGAUGAACAGCGUCUACAACAUGUUCACUCUCACUUUGGACUUCCAUAUCACUGCCAGCCUCCUCAUUCCAGAUGGUUAUGAAGACACUUGCCCUAAAGGUUUCACUGUUGACACAGCCUCCUACUGUGCUGAUGAAGAUGAGUGUGCGCUGCAGUCUCCCUGCUCCCACUCAUGUAACAACAUCAUGGGAGGCUUUUCCUGUGCCUGUCCCUCUGGCUUUACCAUCUCUACGGAAACCAACACAUGCCAAGAUAUUGACGAGUGUUCCCAGGGCUCACACAUGUGCCACUACAACCAGCAGUGUGUCAACACAGUGGGCACAUAUCGCUGCCAGGCCAAGUGUGGACCAGGAUUUAAGCCCAGCAUUACAGGAACCAGCUGUGAAGAUGUGGAUGAGUGCCAGGAGUCUGCUCUCUCCCCAUGCCAGCAUCAGUGUCUCAAUACUCUGGGCUCCUUCCGCUGCAUCUGUCACCCUGGGUACCAGCUGUCAGGACAUCGCUGCCUCGACAUCAAUGAGUGCAUGAGAAAUGUCUGCCCGGCUCACAAGGAGUGCCGCAACACAGAGGGAGGAUACCAGUGUUUCGACAGCUGCCCAGCUGGCAUGACCAAAUCGGAGAAUGGAGCCUGCAUGGAUGUUGACGAGUGCCAGGAUGGAAGUCACAUGUGUCGCUACACUCAGAUCUGUCAGAACACAAUCGGAGGUUACGGUUGUGUGUGUCCCAGAGGUUACCGAUCCCAGGGAGUAGGCCUGCCAUGUCUGGACGUUAACGAGUGCCAGCAGACACCAAACCCUUGUGCCUACCAGUGCCGCAAUGUGCCUGGCAGCUUUAGGUGCCUGUGCCCUCCCGGUACUGUGCUGCUUGGAGACGGGCGCUCCUGUGCGGGGCUGGAGAGAGGGCAGACCUUCACCAACGGCACCAGAGUCAGAGCAAGACUCCGCCCACAGCUGGUGUCGUCUGUCGGCAGGCCGAUCCUCUCCCGUUCUCACGGAGUGUCUCGCAUCACCAGACAGAGCUGUCCUGUGGGCUACACCAACAGAGGCGGCACAUGUGUUGAUGUAGAUGAGUGUCUGCUCAGAAAGCCAUGUCAACACGAGUGCCGAAACACCAUUGGCAGUUUCAAGUGCCUGUGUCCCCCUGGUUACCAGCUCUUACCCAAUGGCAGGAUCUGUAAAGACAUUGAUGAAUGUGUAGAUCAAGGCAUCCAAUGUGGACACAAUCAGAUGUGUUUUAAUACCCGAGGGGGAUACCAGUGCCUGGAUACUCCCUGCCCUGCAUCCUAUCAGAGUGGACGAAGCCCCGGGACGUGCUACAGGCCCUGCUCUCUGGACUGCGCCGCAGGAGGCUCUCCUCUGCUCCUGCAGUACAAGCUGCUCACUCUCCCCUCUGGCAUUCCGGUCAAUCACAAUGUGGUACGACUUUCGGCUUUCUCAGAGUCAGGCGUCCUGCAAGAGCGUACGUCUUUUACCGUACUUGAGCAAGAAUCGGUGACGGGUGUAAUGGGCCGGGUGUUUGGCAUCAGAGACGAGGCAGGCAGGGGGAUCAUCUUCACUCUGCGGGCUCUGAACGGACCAGGACUAGUGCGCCUCAAGGUGCAGGCCACCACCAUCUCCCUGCAGGGCCGCAUUACCUAUCAGAGCAUCUUCAUUAUCUACAUCUCCAUCUCGACGUACCCAUACUGAGCCACUGCUCAGCUUUACAGAUGACUCUGCCUCCCAGUGGCCUUCGGAUGCCUCUUACCC